CCUCGCGGCUCUGCGGUGACAAUUGCCCCCCCAACCCCGGGUUAUGGGCGGGGUCCUGACUGCUGUUUUCUUAGGUAGCCUGUUAAAAUGCCCGAACUCAAAACACUUCUUUUUCCAAGAUGGCGUCGAUGAAGGACAGCGACACCGGCCUGUGGCUUCACAACAAACUAGGAUCCACGGACGAGCUCUGGACGCCUCCGAGCAUCGCUUCGCUCCUCACCGUGUCGGUUAUCGACAACAUACGGCUGUGUUUUUCGAGCUUGUCGCCGCCGGUGAAGCUGAAACUCCUGCUCGGGAUGCUGCACCUUCCGCGGAGGACCGUUGACGAGAUGAAGGAGGCCCUGUCGGAGAUAAUCCAGCUGGCUACGGUGGACUCAGAGCCCUGGGUGCUGAUGGUUGCAGACAUCCUCAAGUCCUUCCCAGAGACCGGCUCUCUGAAUCUGGACUUGGAGGAGCAGAAUCCAAAUGUGCAGGAUAUUCUUGGAGAGCUCAGGGAGAAAGUGAGCGAGUGCGAGGCGUCGGCCAUGCUUCCUCUGGAGUGCCAGUACCUGAAUAAAAGUGCAUUGACUACUCUGGUGGGACCCCUCACACCUCCCGUCAAACAUUUCCAGCUGAAGAGGAAGCCCAAGAGUGCAACCCUGAGAGCAGAGCUGCUGCAGAAAUCUACAGAGACAGCCCAGCAGCUGAAGAAGACAGCCGGAGUGCCUUUUCAUGCCAAAGGGAGAGGAUUGGUCAAAAAGAUUGACACCACAACUCCUCUCAAGGGGAUUCCCAAAGCCCCGUUCCGCAGCCCCACCACCCCCAGUAUGUUCAGCCCUCCCAGUAACCGCACACCUAUUGCUCCCGCACGGACACCCCUGCGUAAGGAGAGGGGGGUCAAGCUGUUAGAUAUUUCAGAGCUGGAUAUGGUUGGAGCUGGAAGAGAAGCUAAGAGGAGGCGAAAGACUUUGGAAUCAGAGGCUGGAGAGAAAGCAGCCAAAGAAGAAGCUGUGGUGGAAAACACCACACCCGACUACGCUGCUGGCCUCGUCUCCGCACAGAAACUGGGGUCGCUGAACGAGAAUCCUCUGCCGUCAACCAGCUACCUACCAGCCACACCCAGCAUGGUUCCCUCCUCGUCUUACAUUCCCAGCUCCGAGGCACAGCCAGCCAAUGCUGGUGGUUCGGGACGGGACACGCUGCAGGCGGCCCGCCAGCCAGAGGAGUCGGCGACAGCAACCACAGGUGCCAACGCCACCUUACCGGGCCAGUACAAGCAGAGGCCGCCUAUGUACAACGCGGGUACCACGGCAAACCCUGCAACUCCCACAUCCCCCAGCACACCGGUAUCCACCCCCGCCAGCAAUGGACCACCAGCAGCUGCGACAGCCAGCCAGCCAGAGACCCCCACUCAGCCUCCCAGCACACCUCAGACCCCCACCCCGACAGCAGCCCCUACGCCACCACAGCCACAGCCCAAAAAGAACCUCUCACUUACGAGAGACCAGAUGUACGCCGCCCAGGAGAUGUUCAAGACCGCCAACAAGGUCACGAGGCCAGAGAAGGCCCUCAUCCUGGGCUUCAUGGCUGGAUCCAGAGAGAACCCGUGCCCGGAGCAGGGGGACAUCAUCCAGAUCAAGCUGAGCGAGCACACAGAGGUUUUGCCCAAAGCCGACGGCACCGGCAGCACCACCAUGCUGGUGGACACAGUCUUCGAAAUGAACUACUCCACAGGACAGUGGACCCGCCUCAAGAAAUACAAACCCAUCACCAACACCUCCUGAGGCGCUGCGCUCGCUCAGGAAACCCCACUUCAGACGUGUUUACGCACAGUUACAAAGUAUUUGCAUACACAUUUGGGCCAAAUCGAGCACGGGGAGGGUGAAAGAUUGUCAAGGAGAGAAAGGUUCUCCCUUUUGCUGCACCUCCAAAAUGUGGGACUCUUUGAAGACUUGUUUUUUUGGGGGGUUGUCUCCCUUACCCUUUUAUUGUUUUUAUGUCACUUCCGAUUUCUGAAUGAUGCUGUUGACAGGAGAGAGAUACGAGUUAUUCUCACGGCAGGCACCUUUGAAUAUUUGUACUGAGGUACAAGCAUGUCACGUGUUUAGAAAGACGACGAGCCGUCUGUAUUUUUCUGUGCAAAUGUGACGUUUGCAGCUUAUUCUUCUACCUUUCAGAACCAAACCAUGUUUUGUGAUGAAACAGAAAUUAACGAAGACGGUCAUUGUAAAGAUGAGGAAAUAAAGAAAAAGAACUAGUUCUUAAUGCUGUCCACUUCUGUUUUGGAGCCUUCUGGUAGAUGUUUAAUAAUUUUAUCCUUUUUUUUUUUUUUCUUUUCAAAAGAAGGGAAGAAAAUAAAGUGAUAGACUCCA